CGUGCCUCUUUGCUCCCUCCACCUAGCUAUCACUACCCAGUACCGAUAUAGUCGUCGUCUUCCUUCCACCCUGCGACCGCGACCGCGACCAAUACCAUAUGGAAUUUGCUCACUAGCACUGCCCACCACGUAGCCACGUAGCCACGUACACAAAGCCUGUACAUACAUACAUAUAUAUAAGUUGUCAGUAUCAGUGGAAAUAUAAGUCAGUCAGACAACAGUUGAUCUCUCGUGCCUUUAGAAACCACGUACGUACUCACCGUCCAUUGAUCUUUGAUUGAUUUGUCUCUCCGCCCCGGCCGUCCAUGAGGAGCUCCGUGCACGUGCCAGCUGCGGUAGAGGCGCUGCUUGGCCACCCGGUGGCGGCCCUGUCGGAGAGGCCGGCGCCGCGGCUGACGCGGCUGCUGGUGAACGUCACGGUGGAGCGGAGCCUGUGGCCCGUGCAUGUGCUGCUGGCCGCCGACGCCACCGUGGCCGACCUCGCGCGCGCAGCCGUCGCCGUAUACGCCUCCGAGGAUCGCAGGCCGCAGCUCCCCGGCGACGACGGCGCCACAGACGCGGCCGCACGGUUCGAGCUGCACCUCUCCAAAUACGCCCUCGACGCUCUGGACCCGGAGGCGAAGGUGGUGGACCUGUGCUCUCGCAACUUCUUCCUCUGCGCGACCAGGUCGACGCUGAGAUCAUCAUCUGCUUCUUCGCUCAUCACUGCCACCAUGUCUCACAAGCAGGCCUGCUCACAAGGAAAGUAGCGUGUGCCAUGGAAAAUGAGUUUGAUGUUCGAUCCUUCUUUGGUUGAUCGGUCUAUGCUCGUACGUAGGUACGUACGGUUCGGAUACGUACAUGCCCGGAGUAUGUACGAGCUCAAGUCUCGAGAUAUGUACUUGGCGACCAUGUAUGUUUACAGUUGCAACGUCUAUAUUGAGUUUUAUUGAAGAGGCCUCUCCUUAAUCGG